AAAGUGAAGCACUAUCACUGGAGGCUCAAAAACAGCGGAAGAGAGAAAGAGAGGGAGUGAUAGAGAGAGGAAUCAAUCAGCCAUGGCAAAUAUCGCUGUGCAGAGGAUCAAGCGAGAGUUCAAAGAAGUGCUGAAAAGCGAAGAGACAAGUAAAAAUCAAAUAAAAGUAGAUCUGGUGGAUGAAAACUUCACAGAGUUAAAGGGAGAAAUAGCAGGACCACCAGACACACCGUAUGAAGGGGGCAGAUACCAGCUAGAAAUCAAGAUACCUGAAACAUAUCCUUUUAAUCCACCCAAGGUGCGGUUUAUUACUAAGAUCUGGCAUCCCAAUAUAAGUUCAGUUACUGGGGCAAUAUGUUUGGACAUUUUAAAAGACCAGUGGGCUGCUGCUAUGACUCUGCGAACAGUUCUGCUCUCACUACAGGCUCUGUUAGCUGCAGCAGAGCCAGAUGAUCCUCAAGACGCUGUGGUAGCCAAUCAGUAUAAGCAGAAUCCAGAAAUGUUCAAACAAACCGCUCGUCUCUGGUCUCACGUUUACGCUGGAGCUCCCGUGUCCAGUCCCGAGUACACACGCAAAAUAGACAAACUUUGUGCAAUGGGCUUUGACAAAAAUGCAGUAAUAGUAGCCUUGUCCUCGAAAUCAUGGGACGUGGAGACAGCUACAGAGCUGCUACUAAGCAACUGAUCAUCCAGUUCUCUUCAUCAGGCCAUGUUUUCCUCAAACCCCUCCACUCCCACCCAACCAACCAUGCACACACACAUGCAUCACCGGUUCUGGGUUGUGUUCAGACUGAAUGUUUGGGUAAGAGACAGCGAGACCUCGGAGUCAUCUUCUGUCUCUCUUAGCAAAUGUUCACAUCCCUUUCUUCCCAACAUUUUCACUCCCAGUUUUUGCCUUGCUACAAUCAUUUUUCCUCUUAAAUUUAGGCUGCCACUUCCCUUUUAAAGAAACCCAAAAAAGACAAAGCCUCUAUCCCCGUCAUUUCAUGCUAAAAGAAACACCCACUUGCAUCUGUGAGACAAUGUUAGUACAUGUAAAUUAGUAUAUUUAAGGUUGUGUACAUUUAAAAGGCAAAAUAGCAGGAAUGUUAUUUUUUUUUUGCAAUCUGUACACCAUAAAAAAAUGUUUUGGGAUAUGCCUAUUAGAAUGGGAUAUUUAGCAUAUAAAAACUAAAAUCUUGAGAUUAUUAAUACCCCUUCUAUUUGACGCUCUCUUACAAUGAACAAAUGUGUGAUUUUAUUUGCUCAUUUGAUUCUUUUAAUGUUUCUUUUGGCUUUUCUUUGCACUAAUCUGUCUGUGUAGUAGUUGAUAUGGCCAGAUGACAUGGUGUUAUGUGAGUGCAGACACAGUUUCAGACUUGCUGGGUGAAGUGUUAUUUUUCUUUUUAAUUAAAGGAAGAUUGCCCUCUUUCAUUUUCCCUCUUUUUGAAAAGGGGGACGAUGCAGGAUUGGUGGUCACAAACCCUUUCUUUUUGUUUUCAAGGCAGCUGUGGGGUUUGCAACUUGAUAACGGACAGAUAUACCUUGAGUUGCCUCGUUUUUUUUUUUCUUUUUUGAAGAAUGUAUUGUAUGAAACAACUUGCAUUUAAGUGUAAACAUUUUGUACAUGUAGAGAUGAGAAAGUGAAGACAUAAGAGUUUUUCUUAAAAUGAUUGGCUUUUUUGUAGAACAGUCAGUAGGGUGAGACAUUCAGUAUGGCAUCAAAGUAUGUUGAUGUGGAGGUUUAAAAGGGUUUCUGAGAGUGAGGUGGGGUGCGUUUCUUAUCAUACCAAAAUUGUAUUCUGAUUUCCACUCACAAGCUGCAGAUAUAAUUUCAUAUUUUGCACUUAACUGAUGUUGCAAGCAUGAAUCAAACAGCUAGAGUUUUCUAGUCAACAAAGAUGCUUCAAAGCAAACGGGCCAAGAGCGAGUACUGCCACACAAUGCUUUGUGAACCUGUUUUUACCUAGUGUUCUGUUCUUUUCUUGCAGGGAUGAAUUGUUAAACGUUUCUUUUCUCCCUUUGCUAUGUGCUCUACUUCAAUUUGCUAGCAUCCCACAUAACAUCUGUUUUCAAAAUGCCCCCACUUUCACAGCUAGCUGCUUUCAUACACCUCCUUUCUCAUGUACAUACAGACGAGUUUUUUUGGGUGGGGGGGGAGAGGGGAUAAAGUACUGUUCAUCUCUAGAAUGCACCAUCGAUGGCUGGAUUUAUAUUUUGUAUGAAAAUCAAAAAUGAAACCAAAAACAAAAAGACUGUCUUCCUGUAGUGAUCACCUUGUUCAAUAUUGCACGAAGAAGUGAAUUAAAGGACAAAAACUUCUGUCAAAGGAGAAAUGCAGGUCACGGGCUCUGGCUUUAGUCACUUUAAGCUUCUUUACAAAACA